CCCAGCGCCCGAGCUCCCCAUGCGCCGCCCCGCAGCUCGGUGACAGCUGCAAGCCCUCGAACCCGGGCGGGCGGCGGCCGACUGUCAUGCUCCGGACGCCGUUGCGGCCGGCCCGCAGCCCGCGGGGGCGAUGAGCCGCUGCGGCCGGUGAGCCGGGCGGCCCCGGAGUCGCGCACCUUCCUAGCCCACCUCUCUUGCCCACCAGGCUCGGGAGGCCGAGGGGUAAACGGUCUUGGGCCUGUCAGGAGGACCACUGGUGCUGCGGUGGAGCCAGCGUCUAAGUCUCGUGUAUGGCGUGGUUACGGUUACAGCCUCUCACCUCUGCCUUCCUCCAUUUUGGGCUAGUUACUUUUGUGCUCUUCCUGAAUGGUCUUCGAGCAGAGGCUGGUGACUCAAGAGAUGUGCCCAGUACAGGGCAGAACAAUGAAUCCUGUACAGGGUCAUCAGACUGUAAGGAGGGUGUCAUCCUGCCAAUCUGGUAUCCAGAGAACCCUUCCCUUGGGGACAAGAUUGCCAGGGUUAUUGUCUAUUUUGUGGCCCUGAUAUACAUGUUCCUUGGGGUAUCCAUCAUUGCUGAUCGCUUCAUGGCCUCUAUUGAAGUUAUCACCUCCCAAGAGAGGGAAGUGACUAUCAAAAAGCCCAAUGGAGAGACCAGCACAACUACAAUUAGGGUCUGGAAUGAAACUGUCUCCAAUCUGACCCUUAUGGCCCUGGGUUCCUCUGCUCCCGAGAUUCUUCUCUCCUUAAUUGAGGUAUGUGGUCAUGGGUUCAUUGCUGGUGAUCUGGGACCUUCUACCAUCGUUGGCAGUGCAGCCUUCAACAUGUUUAUCAUCAUUGGUAUCUGCGUCUAUGUGAUCCCAGAUGGGGAGACUCGCAAGAUCAAGCACCUACGCGUCUUCUUUGUCACUGCUGCUUGGAGUAUCUUUGCCUACAUCUGGCUCUACAUGAUCCUGGCAGUCUUCUCUCCUGGUGUAGUCCAGGUUUGGGAAGGCCUUCUUACUCUCUUCUUCUUUCCAGUGUGUGUUCUGCUGGCAUGGGUGGCAGAUAAACGACUCCUCUUCUACAAAUACAUGCACAAAAAAUACCGCACAGAUAAACACCGAGGAAUUAUCAUAGAGACAGAAGGUGACCACCCUAAGGGCAUCGAGAUGGAUGGGAAAAUGAUGAAUUCCCACUUCCUAGAUGGGAACCUGGUGCCCCUGGAAGGGAAGGAGGUAGAUGAGUCCCGUAGGGAGAUGAUCCGGAUUCUUAAGGAUCUGAAACAAAAGCACCCAGAGAAGGACUUAGAUCAGCUGGUGGAGAUGGCCAAUUACUAUGCUCUUUCCCACCAACAGAAGAGCCGAGCCUUCUACCGGAUCCAAGCCACCCGCAUGAUGACUGGUGCAGGCAAUAUCCUGAAGAAACAUGCAGCGGAACAAGCCAAGAAGAGCUCCAGCAUGAGCGAGGUGCACACCGAUGAACCUGAGGACUUCAUCUCCAAGGUCUUUUUUGACCCAUGUUCUUACCAGUGCCUGGAGAACUGUGGAGCUGUCCUUCUGACAGUGGUGAGGAAAGGAGGAGACAUGUCCAAGACCAUGUAUGUGGACUACAAAACAGAGGAUGGUUCUGCCAACGCGGGGGCUGACUAUGAGUUCACAGAGGGCACUGUGGUUCUGAAACCAGGAGAGACUCAGAAGGAGUUCUCUGUGGGCAUCAUUGAUGAUGACAUUUUUGAGGAGGAUGAGCACUUCUUCGUGAGGCUGAGCAAUGUCCGCAUAGAAGAGGAGCAGCCAGAGGAGGGGAUGCCCUCGACAAUACUCAACAGUCUUCCCUUGCCUCGGGCUGUCCUAGCCUCCCCUUGUGUAGCCACAGUUACUAUUUUGGAUGAUGACCAUGCAGGCAUCUUCACUUUUGAAUGUGAUACCGUUCAUGUCAGUGAAAGUAUUGGUGUUAUGGAAGUCAAGGUUCUGCGGACAUCAGGUGCCCGAGGCACAGUCAUCGUCCCUUUUAGGACAGUAGAAGGGACAGCCAAGGGUGGUGGUGAGGACUUUGAAGACACAUAUGGGGAGCUGGAAUUCAAGAAUGAUGAAACAGUGAAAACCAUAAGGGUUAAGAUAGUAGAUGAGGAGGAAUACGAAAGGCAAGAGAAUUUCUUCAUUGCCCUUGGUGAACCGAAAUGGAUGGAACGUGGAAUAUCAGAGGUGACAGACAGGAAGCUGACUAUGGAGGAAGAGGAGGCCAAGAGGAUAGCAGAGAUGGGAAAGCCAGUACUGGGUGAACACCCUAAACUGGAGGUCAUCAUUGAAGAGUCCUAUGAGUUCAAGAGCACAGUGGACAAACUGAUCAAGAAAACAAACCUGGCCUUGGUUGUGGGGACCCAUUCCUGGAGGGACCAGUUCAUGGAGGCGAUCACUGUCAGUGCAGCAGGGGAUGAGGAUGAGGAUGAAUCAGGAGAGGAAAGGCUGCCGUCCUGCUUUGACUAUGUCAUGCACUUCCUGACUGUCUUCUGGAAGGUGCUGUUUGCCUGCGUGCCCCCGACAGAGUACUGCCACGGCUGGGCCUGCUUUGUGGUCUCCAUCCUCAUUAUUGGCAUGCUCACUGCUAUCAUCGGGGAUCUGGCCUCCCACUUCGGCUGCACCAUUGGGCUCAAGGAUUCAGUCACAGCUGUUGUUUUCGUGGCAUUUGGCACCUCUGUGCCAGAUACGUUUGCCAGCAAAGCUGCUGCCCUGCAGGAUGUGUAUGCAGACGCCUCGAUUGGCAACGUCACCGGCAGCAACGCAGUCAAUGUCUUCCUGGGUAUUGGCCUGGCCUGGUCCGUGGCUGCCAUCUACUGGGCCAUGCAAGGACAAGAAUUCCAUGUGUCCGCAGGCACUUUAGCCUUCUCUGUCACCCUUUUCACCAUCUUUGCAUUUGUCUGCAUCAGUGUGCUCUUGUACCGACGGCGGCCGCACUUGGGCGGGGAGCUCGGUGGUCCCCGUGGCUGCAAGCUUGCCACGACCUGGCUCUUUGUGAGCCUGUGGCUCCUUUACAUACUCUUUGCCACACUGGAGGCCUAUUGCUACAUCAAAGGGUUCUGAGCCACCAGAACAUGGCCUCCACAGGGCAGGCCUAGGACUUCUCCUAAGAGAAGGGCACUUCCCCACCAGUGACCUUUCCAGGUUGAGCAGCCCUGGAGAGGCAGCAUCAGGACCCGAGCUCCAGGACCUAAGCCCUGGCACUGCACUGAAAGGGCAAAGUUUUAGUCAAUCCAGUGGAAUGGAGGAGACAGACACCCACUUUCCAAAGUACUUAAUUAAACACAAACCAACAACAGCAACAAAUCCACCUCUACCCCAUGCUCCCACGCGUGUCCUUGAGCCUUCUCCUUCUUGUAGCCCCCCUCCCAACUAUUCCUUCGCCUCUGGUUCCCAAGGAGGGCAGGGACUUCCCCUGUCUCCAGGGUGCAUUGUGAUUCUCCCACUCAGCUGGCAAGGUGUGAGAACAAACCAUCUCCACGUGGCUGGUUUGGAUGCUCUAGUAUCAUUGUGAUCAUGACUGUGAUUGCUUCCUUUUCCCGUCAGGUUUUGCUUACUGACUUGUCUUUUCUUUCUGAAGUUAGUGACAAUGGUGCCCUGAAGGAACUCCAAGUUCCUCCAAGCUCCUUUGGAGCUGAUAAAGGCACGACUGACUGUCUGACACACCCUCCCAUUCUCACAGGGCCGCUGUCACAGGGCCGCUGCUGUACCUUGGCUCUAGCGAGGUCCUAUCUCCCACCUCCUUUGUUCCCUGAGUACUUCAGAAGACCGAUGGCCUUUGAGUGGCACAUACCAACUCGGGGAGCAGGAGGAAUUUUAUCUGCUUGCAUUGAAAUGAAAUCAAAAUCACAGAGAAGUUGUUCUCUUCCUUGUCAAAGCCUUCCCAAUUCUGUGUGUCUUGUGUGUCAGUGUCUGUAUGUGUGCCCUCCUAAAGAAAGACUCACCAAGUGGGGGAAAUGGGACAAAAAUAAGAAUGGUCCAGCCUGACAAAGAGAAGCUGGGAAAACAAAAAGGAAUAAAACCUUCUUGAAUAUCAUUGGGGUUGUGUCUGAGGCAGGAGAAAAGAGAUAUCCAACCAGGGAGAUCGCUAAGGUGGAAGAUCAUACCCUGUUCCCAAAGUGUCAGUGUUUCUGAGAAAUCCCUGCAUCACACCCCCUCACUCGCUAGUGGGCCAUACUCAGAGAGCUGAGGAAAGUAAUGUGAGAAUUUAGAAGCUUGUAAGAGAACAGGGGCUCCUUCCAUCUUUCCUGGCCCUCAGACCACUUUUGAAAGCAUGUUCACAAGAUAGGAACUGGAAUUCCUCAUUUUCCCACGUUCCUGCUUGUUUUUAAACCUGAUAAAGCUCUUUCUUCCCAGCCUGUGGGGUAUUUCAUGCCCCACUAAGAGAAAUCUUAGUUUUCAUAUUCCCACGGAGCCUUGGCUUCUAGAAAAAUGAGGACUGACCUCCCUUACAGACCUUUUCCUGAUCAGUUUUGAAAGGACCUGGCUUUAACACACACACACACACACACACACACACACACACAUACAACAUCACUACAAAACUGCCCACAGGUCUUUAGGCUUUCUGCAUUGACAUAAAUACAUUUUCUAAGAGAGAAAAAAUUAAAAUACCUGUUUAAUUUUAAACACAUUUUUUAAGAAAAAAAAUAAAAAAGAAACAGUGCUUGUGUCGUAAGCUAUGUUGAUAGUCGCCGGUGGAAAUGUUGGGUUGGUUUAAAAAAAAAAUAAAAGCUCUACUUAUAUCUCUCUACACACAG